CGUAAUCCUAUAAAACAUUAAGGAAACCUUAUAAUCCUCAAUAUCUAUCAUCAAACUUCCAAAUGUCAUCCAUGGCGGCGAACCAUCGCCGCGGCGCCGGCGGUGUGUCUCCGGCGAUCAUCCUCUGGUGUUUGGCGAAUGCGGUAAUGAUGAUCUCAAUCGCGGUGGCGAUGCCGCCUCAGAACCCUCUCCAAUGCAACGCGACGGGGUGUACGCUUUACAAUUCUUACGGCGUGUGGGGCGACCGGAAGGUGUGCCGGUCGCCGAGAGCGGUGUUUCCGACGACGGAGGAGGAGCUCACGGCGGCGGUGGCGGAUGCGAACCGGAAGAAAGAGAAGAUAAAAGUGGUGACGAGGUUUUCGCACAGUAUUCCUAAGUUGGGUUGCCCCACCAAUGGUGUCGAUACGGUCUUCAUUAGCACUGAAAGGUACAACUCAACUAUCGAGGUGGACGUGGCGAAUCGGGCGGUGACGGCGGACGCGGGGGUGGGGCUGAGGGCACUGAUUGACAGGGUGGAAGGGGAGGGGCUGAGCUUGGUGGCGUCGCCGUAUUGGGAGGGCGUGACGGUGGCCGGAGUUGUGAGCACGGGGGCGCACGGCAGCUCGUGGUGGGGCAAGGGCGGAGCGGUCCAUGAGCACGUGAUUGGGAUCAGCCUUGUCGUCCCGGCCACGGCGGCAGAAGGGUAUGCAAAAGUGGUGAGCCUCACGGCGGAGGACCCUCUCUUCAACGCCGCAAAAGUCUCUUUGGGAUUGCUCGGCGUUAUUUCUAAGGUGACAUUAUCAUUGGAGCCAGCAUUCAAACGUAGCAUUACCUUCAAUUUCACAAAUGAUAGCGGUCUUGAGAAUGAGUACAUUGAGCAUGCAAAGAAGCAUGAAUUUGGAGACCUUCAAUGGUACCCUUCCAAAAACAUUGCCGUCUAUAGAUACGAUGAUAGAGUUCCCUUAAACACACCCGGAGAUGGCGUCAAUGAUUUCAUAGGUUUUCAAUCAAACCUUGUUCUACUUACCAAGACCAUCCGAGCCACAGAAAAAGCGUUCGAAAAGAGAAGAGAUUUCAAAGGAAAAUGCAUGUCGGCGACCACAUUCAUGGCGGCCAAGACACUAAUGGCAAACGGAUUAAAAAACAACGGCGUCCUCUUCACCGGAUAUCCGGUGGUGGGCCGACAAGGCAAAAUGCAAACCUCGGGAUCAUGUCUCUACACGUCGCCGUCCGACAGCCUCAGCUCCUGCGCGUGGGACCCUCGGAUCAACGGCCUCUUCUUCUACGAAACCACCGCCGUAAUCCCCGCCGCCAACUUCGGGGACUUCAUACGCGACGUCAAGAAGCUGCGCGACGCGGUGAAGCCCGAGAGCUUCUGCGGCGCGGACCUGUACAACGGCUUCCUCAUACGCUACGUGAAGGCGUCGGCGGGGUACCUGGCCCCGCCGGUGGAUUCCGUCGUGGUGGAUAUUAACUACUACCGCGCCGACGACGCCGUGACGCCGAGGCUGAGCCAGGAUAUAUGGGAGGAGGUGGAGCAGCUGGCGUUCUUCAAGCACGGCGCCAGGCCGCAUUGGGGGAAGAAUCGGGACGUGGCGUUCGUCGGCGUGCAGGGGAAAUACCCAGGUUUUGCCAAGUUCGUGGCGGCCAAGAAGGAAUUGGAUCCCGACAACGUGUUUUCCGGGGAGUGGUUGGACGAGGUAGUGUUUGGGAAGGGCGGCAGCGGCGUUAAAGGAGACGGUUGUGCGUUGGAGGGACUGUGCGUGUGUUCGGAAGACCGACAUUGCAGCCCUUCCAACGGCUACUUUUGCCGGCCGGGAGUUGUGUACAAGGAUGCUCGUGUCUGUACCUAUUUGGGAACAAACUCCAUUUCUUGAUCAUUUAUGUACACUCAUUUUCUAAAUAAUAUCUCCAUCCAACUUUAAAGUUAAUACAUAAUUGGAAUGAGUAUCUAUCUAUUUAUUUUGA